AUGGGCCCAAAGCGCGUUCUCAUAACCUACGGCGUGGACGUUGAUGCUGUCGCGGGGUGGCUCGGCUCUUAUGGCGGCGAAGACUCCGUGAAUGACAUCAGUCGCGGGGUGUGGGCGGCCACAGUCGGCACGAGACGGCUGCUGAAGAUGUUCGACAAGUACCAAAUCAAGGCAACCUGGUUCAUUCCGGGCCAUAGUCUCGAGUCAUUCCCGCAAGACAUGGCAGCUGUUCGGGAUGCCGGCCACGAGAUCGGCUUGCAUGGAUACUCGCACGAGAACCCGGCCGACAUGACCAUUGAGCAGCAGCGCGACGUGCUCGACAAGACGUAUCGUCUACUGACUGGGUUCGCAGGGAAGCCACCUCGCGGUAGUGUCGCUCCAUGGUGGGAGACCAGCCGAGAGGGCGCCGAGCUUCUGCUUGACUACGGCAUAGAGUACGAUCACAGCAUGAGCUACGAAGAUUACUACACGAAAAAGGCCACCGACUGGAUGAAGCCGCUGAAAUACGGCACAGAGACGGGACUGGUGGAGAUUCCAUCCAAUUGGUAUCUGGAUGACCUUCCGCCCAUGAUGUUCAUCAAAAAGGCGCCCAAUAGCCACGGCUUUGUUAACCCGAGAGACAUCGAGGACAUAUGGCGCGACCACUUUGACUACUUUUACCGCGAGCACGACGAGUUCGUCUUGCCACUUACUAUCCACCCGGACGUCUCCGGACGCCCGCAUGUCCUUUUGAUGCAUGAACGACUGAUUGAGUACUUUUCAAAGCACGACGGUGUUCACUUCGUGACGAUGGGACAAGCAUGUGACGAAUUCAAGGCAAAGAAUCCCAAAAAGGCAGCAUCUCUAGGUGCUGCCGGAGCACUUGAUGCCGACAAUGUUGCCACACACAACAAAAUAGGCAUUGACUCGAGAUCUAGAGCUUGA